AUGCUGCUGGAGGAGCUGCUCCGCUGCCAGAUCCAGGAGUGGUACCCGGCGUUCCGGCGCCACACGGUCCCCACCGCCAUCAUCCCGCUCCCGGCCGCCUUCCUCCGCUACCUCGCCGGCCGGACCGCCUACCCCGGCCCCGACGGCCCCGACGAGGGCGAGCAGGGGCCGCUCCCCUUCGUGCUCCCGACGCUCACCUCCGGCCGCGCGCCCUUCCCGCCGCUCCAGGGCCACUUCCCGGACCCCGUCUCCCUCCUCGAUCGCGACAACACCGACCCCCUCUUCGGCGGCUCCGGCUCCGACUCCGACGAUGACGAGGGCCUGCCCCCGCCCGCGUUCCCGGAGCUCGAGGCCGCGGUGGACGCCGCCAUCGCCGGCCUCGGCGGCGCCGCGCUCCCCAAGCUCAACUGGAGCGCGCCCAAGGACGCCGUCUUCAUGGCCGCCGACGGCACCGUCCGCUGCACCUGCUUCGCCGAGGUCGCCAUGCUGCUCCGCGCCUCCGACUGCGUCGCCCACGACCUCAUCUCCGCGCGCCGCUCCUGCCACGACUUCCUGCGCGCCAAGCCUGUUCGACGGAAUGCCGCAGAGGGCGGUCUGAGUGAUCCUGGUGAGAAUUGCAGCGAUGGAGGUGCCCGUGGCGGUGGGAGUGGUGCGCCGGAAGAGGAUGCCGAACAAGAAAGCAGUGAUGAUGAUGAGACUUGGGUCGACGAUGGGUUCCAGUACUACCUCGCGCUCCGCAAGUGGUACCCAGGCCUCCGCCCCGAGUCGGAGUUCCGCUGCUUUGUGCGGGGGCGGAAGCUGGUCGGCGUGUCGCAGAGGGACCCGUCUGCCUACUACCCUUCGCUGCCUGGGUGGAGCGCUGAGGUGCAGCCUAAGAUCGAGGAUUUCUUCGAAGAAUUCAUCGAGCCACAGUUCGCUUCAGAGAAUUAUACGUUUGAUGUGUAUGUGAGAGCCGAUGACCGGGUGAAGCUGAUCGACUUCAAUCCUUGGGGUGGCUAUACCCUGCCGCUGCUGUUCACAUGGGAGGAGCUUGAGGAGGAGCAGAGAGGGGAGGACGAGCUGGAGUUUCGAGUGGUGAUGCAGCAGGGUGCAGUGAGGCCAGGGUUAAUGACAGCAAUUCCGUAUGAUAUGCUGGAUUGGGGGGAUGGCAGUGGGUGGGAUGUGUUUCUGAAGAAGGCUGGCAAUGAGCUCGACAGACAGAUGGCAUCAUUAGGUGUGGAUUCGUAG